AACUAUGAGCAAGAACCCUAUUUGCAGAGCUUUGAGCAACGUUAAACAUAAAAGUUAAUUUAAAAAAGUAACUAUACUUAUGUGUUAACUUAGCUAUUGCAUAGCUUUGAAGCUAUCGCACAACUCCGGUGCCAAUUCUGCUGAUAAAAGGUGACAAAAGACUUUUCUCUUUUCAUGUGGACUGUGACCAGUGUGUACAAACCAUUUCCCAUUUCCUGCCUGCACUGAGCUGUAAGCACAGGCCAACAGCCGACUUCACUACGGACAGGCCAGUGAUAACACCACAGAUGAACUCCUGUAUGUACUUAGCACCUCCUGUUUCAGUUGUCUGCAGACAGCUGCAUUUGAAAUAAGGCUUCUGACUUUCUCUGGAAUUGGUUUGAAAGGCGAAAGACCUUGUUUUCUUUUGUCCAUGGAGUUCUCAUUUUUUCAUGGAAAGAUAACAAGAAGAACUUGUGAAGAACUGCUGAGCAAGAAGGGAAAAAAUGGUAGCUAUUUAAUACGAGAGAGUGAAAGCGUGGAAGGAGCACUGUGUCUCUGUGUUUUCUUUGAAAAUCUCAUCUACACUUACCGUAUCUUCAGGGAACAGCAAGGAUAUUUUAGAAUACAGACUGCUGAAGGUGUUCCAGAGAGGAUCUUCAGAACAUUAAAGGACCUAAUAUACAAUUAUGAGAAGCCAAAUCAAGGACUAAUAACAAACCUUCGCUACCCGGUAGAGAAAUCAAAGGCCUCACAAAGAAGCCUGAGGUUCAAGUCGGGAAAGGAUGGAAUUUAUGAUGAAAUUGGUGACAGUGAUUACGUCGCUGUCUUACCCUAAAUGAUGUGAACCUGAUGGUUUGGGAAGCCGCUGUUCCAGGCUGUGCCACAACACAAGGGAUCAGUUGGGGAGAGCUGCUAGCGGGGCAUCCUCUGCUGUGGAUCUCAACCUCAGGAACUGGCACCUUUGGCAGACUGGCAGAGCAGCUGUAUUUUCUCCCAGCAGAUCCGGUAUAAGCUACGGUAUAUUUUUGUUCAGCAAUAAAAGAGUUAAUUUUUAUAAGACACAUGCAUAUAUAUAUAUGGGAGGGGGAAGGGUAUCUGUGUGCACAUCUGUUUAUUUUGGUUUCAGUCAGCAAACUGUCCAAAUUGUCUACUGCUAAAAUGAAAAAACUGUUAAAAAGCAGCAAUAUAAAUACAAUAAAUGAAUGUGCAAUAUAGAGUACGGCAGAAGUGAUGUAUGUUGACAAAAAUGAUGCAUAAUAAAAUUCUAUUGGAUCAUAUGGAGCUUAAAACCCUGUAAACUCUGUAAUUUUGUGCAUGAUUCACGUUACCUCAUUAUUGGAUAAGUGGGUAGUAUUUCACCUAUGUAAAGAAAUACCAGUAUUAUCCUGUAGUUUGGGUUAAUCUAAAUUAACACCAAAAGGCUUUGUUAAAUCCAUGCUGUAAAGGAUUAAUCAACAACAUGAAAAUGCUUUUAAAUACUUUUAAUAUCAGUGAAUGUUUCUGGUAGGUUACAAGAGCAGCGGAAGUCUGCAUGCAUGUUGGUAUGAACACAUCCUUUUUUUUUUUUUAAGAGACAGUGUACAAAUGAGAGUGCGUAUUACAUUUAAUUUGCUACUGCCAUUAGCUCUGUACUGUAAUGUAUAUAGGUUUUGUUAUUUUUCAAUGUAAGAACUUGCUUUAAUCUUACUCCUCAUUUUAAAUAUUUAAUAUAUGCUUUUAUUCGGAAGGUGGCCUGCCACAAGCAGCCCAAGCCAGAACUGGAACGUAUGUCUUGAUACUCCGUCGCUAGUACCAACUCCCUCUCCAUUUGUGAUCUUGAGGAAGAUAUUUAUAUUGAUUGUGUGUUUGUUUAAGAUCUUUCACAAAAUAUAUGCAUAUUUUUAUGGGUAAUAUUAAUUAGAUUUCUUUCCUAUUCUACCAGUAUUUGGCAUAUAUAUAUUGGUAUAUAUUUUUCAGUAU